CCCAUUUUCAUGGUUUUCUUCUCUGCUCUCUCUCUAUAUAAAUACCUGCCUCUGUAACUAUACGCGGGAAACUACUACAAACCCUACGACAAGAGCUACUUGUAUACGAGCUUAACCUCUUGACAAUGGAGGCGGUUGAUCCAACUCGUGCUUUUCUUAAGGAUGUUAAGCGAAUCGUCAUCAAGGUGGGGACUGCUGUUGUCACCCAAAAUGAUGGAAGACUUGCACUUGGAAGAUUAGGGGCACUCUGUGAGCAGAUUCAAGCACUAAACUCUCAAGGAUUUGAGGUUAUUUUGGUCUCAUCAGGUGCUGUUGGAGCUGGUAGACAACGCCUUAAACACAGAAAAUUAAUCAACAGCAGGUUUGGUGAGAUUCAGAAGCCACAAGUUGAAAUUGAUGGAAAGGCAUGUGCAGCUGUUGGACAAAAUGGUCUCAUGGCUUUUUAUGAUACAUUUUUUAGCCAGCUAGAUGUGACACCAGCUCAGCUUCUUGUCACUGAUAACGACUUUAGAAACCCAGAAUUUAGAAAUCAACUUACAGAAACCGUUAUUUCUUUAUUAUCUUUAAAAGUUAUUCCCAUAUUUAAUGAAAACGACGCCGUUAGCACCAGAAAAGCUCCAUACGAGGAUUCUUCUGGUAUAUUCUGGGAUAAUGAUAGUUUAGCAGCUUUAUUAUCUUUGGAGCUAAAAGCCGAUCUUCUUGUGUUGUUAAGUGAUGUAGAUGGUUUGUAUAGUGGGCCCCCUAGUGACCCUAAGUCAAAGUUGAUCCAUACAUACAUUAAAGAGAAACUUGAAAACACAAUUACAUUUGGUGAUAAGUCAAGGUUGGGAAGAGGUGGCAUGAUUGCUAAAGUCAAAGCUGCUGUCUAUGCCUCCAAUGGUGGCAUCCCUGUUGUUAUAACUAGUGGGUUUUCGGGAGAUAAUAUUGUUAAAGUUCUAAGAGGACAAAAAAUUGGAACACUCUUCCAUAAAGAUGCUCAUACAUGGGUGUCAAGUAAAGAGCUAAAUGCACGUGAGAUAGCAAUUUCAGCAAGAGAUAGUUCUAGGCGCCUUCAGGCUAUUUCUUCAGAAGAAAGGAGCAAGAUUUUAUUGGAUAUAGCGGAUGCUUUAGAGGCAAAUGAGAAAGUGAUUAUAAAUGAAAAUAAAGCCGAUAUAAAUAGUGCAAAAGAUUUUGGAUAUGAAACAUCAUUGAUCUCUCGAUUGGCUUUGAAGCCUAGAAAGGUUGGUAGUCUUGCAAAUGCAAUACGCGUGCUUGCAAAUAUGGAAGAACCAAUUGGACAAAUAUUAAAAAGGACAGAGAUUUCAGAUGGAUUUAUCUUGGAAAAGACGACAUCGCCCUUGGGGGUUCUUCUUGUUAUCUUCGAGUCUCGCCCUGAGGCACUAGUCCAGAUAGCAUCAUUGGCUAUUAGAACCGGAAAUGGGCUUCUACUUAAAGGGGGAAAAGAAGCCAAACGAUCCAAUGCUAUCUUGCACAAGAUUAUUACUUCAGUAAUCCCAGAAACAAUUGGAAAAGAGCUUAUUGGACUUGUGACUUCUCGCGAACAGAUUCCUCAACUCCUUAAGCUUGAUGAUGUAAUCGAUCUUGUGAUUCCAAGAGGCAGCAACAAACUUGUUUCCCAAAUUAAAUCUUCAACCAAAAUUCCUGUUCUAGGUCAUGCUGAUGGAAUUUGUCAUGUCUAUCUUGACAAAUCUGCCGAUAUAGAAAUGGCAGAAAACGUAGUUUUGGAUUCAAAAACAGAUUACCCAUCUGCAUGUAACGCUAUGGAAACACUUCUUCUUCAUAAGGAUUUGUUCGAAGAUGGUAUUGCUAAUCAGCUUAUGAAAGAUCUUUACACAAAAGGUAUUAAUAUUUAUGGAGGUCCAAAAGCAAGGUUGUUGCUAGAUCUUCCAGAAGCUUCUUCACUUCAUCAUGAAUACAGUUCAAUGUCUUGCACAAUUGAAGUUGUGGAUGACGUGGAUGCUGCCAUUCAUCAUAUAAACAAACAUGGAAAGGCAUUGCACAUACUGAUUGUAUUGUCACAGAAGACCAUAAAGCUGCAGAUACUUUUCUUCGUCAAGUUGAUAGUGCGGUUGUGUUUCACAAUGCAAGUACGAGAUUUAGUGAUGGGUUUCGUUUUGGACUUGGUGCUGAGGUUGGUAUAAGUACAAGCAGGAUUCAUGCUCGUGGAC